UAAAAGUAAAAUAAAAUAAAAUAAAAAUAAUUUUAUAAGUGAUUAGGGUUUUAGCAAUUCAUAUAUAUAAAUCUUUGUUUCUCUCUCUCACUCUUUCUUCCAUCUCUUGAGCUGCCGUUUUCUCCUUCAUAGCUUCCACUUUCCCCUCAAAAAUGCCGAAGCAAAUCCACGAGAUCAAGGAUUUCCUUCUGACAGCCAGAAGGAAGGAUGCCCGAACUGUCAAGAUCAAGAAGAACAAGGAUAUGGUCAAGUUCAAGGUUCGUUGCUCCAAGUACCUUUACACACUGUGUGUGUCCGACUUUGAGAAGGCCGACAAGUUGAAGCAAUCACUUCCUCCAGGUUUGAGCGUGCAAGACCUGUGAAGAAGCAUUUAUGCUAUUCAUAGAGUUACGAGGCAAUGUAGAAUUUGAGAGAGAACUCAUAUUAUUGUGUUUCCGUUGCAAUGUUAACCUUUUUGGCAUAUUGAUGACUAUUACUUUCGAAUAUUGAAUGUUAUAGCUAAAGUAAUGUUUCGUUAGCUUA